CACCUUGGAGAUGUAACGAAUAGAAAGUGGUUGGUGAUUUUGAGCUGCCUGUGCACUGACACGACCUCUUGACCUCAUCUUCAGCAUGAAUGGUGAUAUGCCUCAUGUUCCCAUCACUACUCUCGCUGGAAUUGCUAGCCUAACAGACCUGUUGAACCAGCUUCCAUUGCCUUCUCCUCUUCCUGCCACCACUGCUAAGAGCCUGCUUUACAAUGGAAGAAUCUCUGAAGAGGUCAGCAGCCUUUUGGUGUGUCGAGACGAGAAUCUGGUGACUCAGCUAGCACAUAGCCUCAACCAGGUCUCCACUGAACACAUAGAGCUAAAGGACAACCUAGGAAAUGAUGAACCAGAGGGUGACAUGCCAGUACUUCUACAAACUCUACUGUCCAGAAACCCCAGAAUAUUUGGGGACAAAAGUGUACUGCAGCAGCCACUGAUCCAACAGUAUAAGGUUUCUCAGAAUCAGGUUCAUGGGAGUCCAGGAUUAAACUAUCAGCAAACCAGUGUCCCUCAAAGCCCCUCUGGAUGCUUUUCGUCCCCACAGUCGGGCUCGGCUACCCAAUUUGUACCCCAGCAAAACAGUCCUAUGCCUAGUCCCUAUACCCCUCAGAGUCCUGCAGACUACAUACAGUACAACCCACCUAGCUAUUCUCAUCAUCAACAGAGUCAAGUUGCUAGUGGUGUGAGAAGUAUCCUUGACAACAAAAUCUCUGGACAGCUAUCAAGUAAUUCAUCUAACCAUAAUACAAGACUAGGCUCAGAUGAAGAUUACAUAAAUGUGGGUCACAGACUGGGAAACGAGAACAAUGAAUCUUCUAUGAAGGCUGCUGCAUUUUCUGUUAAAACAUCUCAGCCUGCAUGCUCCCCUGCUGGGAGUGAAGACCUUGCAAAAAGGUCCAGGCCCUCUCUUAUCAUGCAAUCACCCUCACCUGAAGUGCCACAUGGUGCAGCACCUAACCGCCUCCACUCCACCGCAGACCGCAAAAAGAAGCAGCGGGAGAGGAGUAAAGAAGAAGAUGAGCAUUUGGACAAAAACGCCAUGUACGACAUUAUUAGCUCUCCAUCAAAGGAUUCUACCAAGCUGACUUUAAAACUCUCUCGAGUGAAGUCUCCCGACGUAAAUCACUCCGAAGAACAACCCCCCAGGUCACAUUUGGACUCAGGCCAUGAAACAGUCAUGAUGAACAAUAACAAUAAGAAGUUGCCAAGUAUUCCCAUGAACUCAUCACACAGGUUGGAGGCUGAGGAGCAGACAAACUGUCCUCAGGUUGCUGUGCAGCCGAAUAUCAAGGAUACUGGGAUCGUCGGUGGGGCCGUGCUUGAUGAUACUGAGGUAGACACACUUGCUGAGAUUGAGAGAAUAGAGCGCGAGUCAGCCAGUGAAAGAGAGCGGUGCUCAAAAGAGGUCCAGGAUAAAGACAAGCCGCUGAAAAAAAGGAAACAGGACACAUAUCCUCAGGAACCUGGAGUUGAGGCAAGUGAGGGGCCUGCUGUACACAGCAUCAACAAGCUGACAACUAAGAAGUCAAGUGCUGCAAGUAAUGGUGCCAGUCGGCCGGCUUUGAUGGUCAGUAUUGAUCUACAACAAGCUGGCAGAGUUAUAGGACAGCCUGUAGUUGUUUUGGAACCGCAGACAUUGUGUGAGGAUCAAAUAUGUCACCUCAAGAGAGAUGCUGAUGGAAAGGUCAAUAAAGUUGUUGAAAACCAAGCUGGGAUCAUCAAACAGCUUCCUGACACCCCCCAGGAGUCUGGUUGUGAUGGACAUCCAGAAACACACAAGCAGAAACGGGAAAACCGGCGUGAAUCAAAGCAAAAACAUGACAGCAAACCUGACAGCGAUAAGGGCCCCUCAGAUGACAGACGGACAGACACACCACUCCAGAAACAGGACAGGCAUUCAGACUUGCACCAGAAAGAGGAAAAGAACAACACCAGUCACAGAUCACACAUCACCAGACCUGAGACUCCAAAAACCACGAGCAAGGUGGACCACAACUCCAUACAUGAAGAAGGCAAAGGCCGGAACAAAGAAAAGACGAAGGAGAAAGAAAGGCUGAGAGAUGUAGAAGGAGACGGAGACAAAUUCAGAGACGGAGACAAAUUCAGAGACCGAGACAAAACCAGAGAAAGAGAGAAAGGAAAGGAGAGAGACAAAGAUAAUAACGGCGACAGAGUUAGCAGCAGCAGCAAAGACAAAGAUGCUAACAGAGACAAAAACAGUAACAAAGUGAAAGGCAGGGACAGGGACAAAGAUGGUCAUCAAGUUAAAGAGAGGGAUGGAGACAAAGAGAGUAACAAAGGCAAAGACAGGAUCAGAGACAAAGACAGUAACGGACAGAGAGACAACAGGGACAAUGAAAGGGACAGAGUAAAAGACAUAGUGCGAGACAGAGACAGCAAGAAAGACAGGGACAAAGUGAGCAACAGAGACAGCAAGGACAAAAAAGGUGACAGGGUAAAAGACCUGGUGAGAGACAAAGACAGUAAUAGAGUCAAAGAGAGGGAUAGAGUCAAAGACAAAGAGAAAGACAAAGAAAAAGACAGGGACGGCAAGGACACAGAAAGCGAUAGGGACAGACUAAAAGACGUAGCGAGAGACAAAGACAAGGACCGAGACAGAGCAAGGAAACACAAGAUGUUGUCUAGAGAAAAUUGCAACAAAAACUCACCUGACCAGAAUGCGAAACCAGACAGCCCCAAAAUGAGGCAGGAUGGAAGCAGAAAAUCAGCUGACACUGUUGGUCGACAGAGGACAAGCAGUUCCAGCCUCCAGAACCAACAAAGUAAGGAACACAGGACAAGCGGGGAUAGCAGCAGUAGCUGCCCGGCUGGAAACAAACGUCAGGCCCCUGAGACCAAGACCAGCGAGUUCCCCUCAUACCUGCUGGGUGGUAAAUCAGGAGGUCUUAAGAAUUUUGUGAUCCCUAAAUUAAAACGAGAUGGACCAGAUAAAGAGCUCCAGAUCAAAAGCAAACUGUUACAAAGUCGGAGUGAACCGCUUGUACGGUUGGAGAGAGUGUCCUUGAUCGAGAAUUUAAACAAAAGAGCUAAACCUGUGGUUGUACUUCAGAGACUUGGUGUUGAGGAUGUAAAAAGGAUUAUGAAGGAAGGCAGGAAUGAUCACAGCUCCAGAUCCAGGAACCUGUCCACUGAAAAACCAGAGAGAGACACAUUUUUAGAGAAGACAAUUAAGCGAAAACACAGCAUGAUAAGUAAGAGACCCAAAUAUGCAGAGGUGGACUCAGACGAUUGUGUUGAGCAGAAAAACGAUGAUCAGUCUAACUCCGACAAUGAGACUGCAAGGAAAAAGCACAAGAAGGACCGAGACAAAACAUGGAAAUGCGAGGAGAAGAGAGGCUCCAGAGAUCACAGACGAAGUGGAGGUCUCCAUAACUCCCGGCGGGGCUCCGGUGGCCGUCAUCGGGAAGAUGACUCCGAUGAAGGCUCCCCCCCACCUAGCCUAUGUGAUGUUGGCAGGAAGAUCAAGAAGAAAGAGAAACAGAGAAACAGGAUGGCAUACGACUCCAUGACAUUUGAAGAAAAGAUAGACUCCUCCACCUUUAAGAGAUUUGCUUCCAAUGUGGACAGCAUUCUGGAGAGUCUCGAUGAUGUGGAUCUCGCUGCAGAUGAUGACGAUGAAAUACCUCAAGAGGUCUUACUUGGAAAGCAGCAGUUGAAUGAGCUUGGUAGCGAUUCUACAAAGAUUAAGACCAUGGGUGUCUUUAAUAAGUUUUCAUCAAGUAAACUGGUGAAAAUCUUGAACAUCCUGGAGAAGAACAUUCAGGACAGUGUAAAACUUUCUACUUUAAUGAAUCACGGUAACGAUUCAAUGGACGAGGAGCGUUUGUGGCGUGACCUCAUAAUGGAGCGAGUGACCAAGUCAGCCGAUGCCUGUUUGACCGCACUCAACAUAAUGACAUCCCCACACAUGCCCAAGGCGGUUUAUUUAGAGGAUGUGAUUGAGAGGGUGCUGCAGUUCACCAAGUACCAUCUACAAAACACUCUGUACCCUCAAUAUGAUCCUGCCUACAGAGUGGAUCGUCAAGGAGGUGGCAUUCACACAUCAAAGUCCAAGAGAGCAAAGUCUUCCACCCACAAACAGAAGGUGGUAGUCAAUCUCUACAACAAAGUAUGUGACAUUAUCAGCAACAUGUCAGAGCUGCUUGACAUCCAGCUGCUAACUGACACCACCAUUCUCCAGGUGUCAAAUCUUGGUAUUACCCCCUUUUUUGUGGAGAACGUCAAUGAAAUGCAGUUAUGUGCCAUCACUCUUGUAACAGCUGUAUUCUCUCGUUACGAGAAGCACAGGCAGCUCAUUCUUGAGGAGAUUUUCACCUCCUUGGCCAGACUGCCCACCAAUAAACGCAGCCUCAGGAACUUCAGGCUAAACAGCAGUGACUCAGAUGGAGAGGCCGUGUACAUCCAGAUGGUCUCAGCCCUCGUUCUUCAGCUAAUUCAGUGUGUGGUUCACUUUCCGUCUGAGAAAGAGGACGAACAUAACAAGAAGGUUGAAAAAGAUGUACACAUUACGAACUCUUAUGAAACUGCGAUGAGGACAGCACAGAACUUUCUUUCAGUUUUCCUCAAGAAAUGUGGAAGUAAACAGGGAGAAGAAGACUACAGGCCUCUGUUUGAGAACUUCGUACAUGACUUGCUGUCGGCGGUCAACAAGCCUGAGUGGCCUGCGGCUGAACUGCUGCUCAGUUUGCUGGGCCGACUGCUGGUGCACCAGUUUAGUAAUAAGCAGACAGAAAUGGCGCUCAGGGUGGCUUCACUGGACUACCUUGGCACUGUGGCAUCCCGCCUCCGGAAAGACGCUGUCUCUAACAAGAUGGACCAAAGGGCUAUUGAUCGCAUCCUUAAAGAGGCUCCAGGGAGUAAUGAGACACAGCAGCUCCAGAGGUUUGCCAGGAAUUUUUAUAUUGCCCAGUGGUUAAGGGACACUACAACUGAGGCAGAAAAGGCAAUGAAGUCUCAUAAUGAUUACGACGAGAACCCUAGUACUCACCACCAUUCAGCAAAUGUUGACUCCACCGGGGAGAUUAUGCAGAGGGUUGAGACACAGAAGAAAUUUCUCCGCAAGGUCAUCAAGGCAUCAUCAAAUUUCAGCUUGUCAAGGAUGAACUCUGACACCGUAGACUACGAGGACUCUUGCCUGAUUGUCAGAUAUCUGGCCUCUAUGAAGCCAUUUGCACAGAGCUUUGAUAUUUAUUUAUCACAGAUUCUGAGGGUUCUGGGUGAGAGUGCCAUCGCCGUCAGGACUAAAGCCAUGAAGUGUCUUUCAGAAGUCGUGGCUGUGGAUCCAAGUAUUCUGGCACGGUUGGAUAUGCAGCGAGGGGUCCAUUGUCGCCUCAUGGAUAACUCCACCAGUGUACGAGAGGCAGCUGUGGAGCUCCUUGGCCGCUUCGUGCUCAGUCGACCUGAGCUCAUCGAGCAGUAUUAUGACAUGCUCAUUGAAAGAAUACUGGACACAGGUAUCAGUGUGAGGAAAAGAGUAAUUAAGAUCCUGAGGGACAUUUGCCUUGAGCAGCCCGACUUCCACAAGAUCACCGAGAUGUGCGUCAAGAUGAUCCGCAGGGUCAACGAUGAGGAAGGGAUCAAGAAACUGGUGAAUGAGACAUUCCAGAAGCUCUGGUUUUCCCCAACCCCCAGUCAUGACAAAGAGGCUAUGACCAGGAAGAUUCUGAACAUCACUGAUGUGGUGUUGGCAUGUAAAGAUUCAGGCUAUGACUGGUUUGAGCAGCUCCUGCAAAAUUUGCUGAAGUCAGAGCAAGAUGCUUCAUACAAGCCUACCAGGAAGGCUUGUGUUCAGCUGGUGGACAAUUUAGUGGAACAUAUACUAAAAUAUGAGGAGUCUCUUGCAGACUGUGAGGACAAAGGAGUAAACUCAGGUCGUGUGGUAGCAUGCAUCUCCACUCUCUUCCUCUUUACGAAAAUCAGAGCUCAGUUAAUGGUCAAACAUGCCAUGACUAUGCAGCCCUACCUGACCACCAAGUGCAACAUCCUGGAGCUUGUUGUUCCUCUGAUGGAGCACCCAAGUGAGACUUUCCUUACCACCAUAGAGGAAGACCUGAUGAAGCUUAUCAUCAAAUACGGCAUGACGGUUGUGCAACACUGUGUGAGCUGUCUCGGUGCAGUUGUUAACAAAGUCACACACAACUACAAGUUUGUUUGGGCUUGUUUCAAUCGGUACUAUGGAGCACUGGCUAAACUCAAGACACAGCACCAGGAGGACCCCAGUAGCUCCACUCUGGCUGUGAAUAAACCUACUCUGCUGCGCUCGUUGUUUACCGUGGGGGCUCUUUGUCGACACUUUGAUUUUGACCAAGAAGAGUUCAAAGGUGCUAACAAGAUUGUCAUCAAGGACAAAGUGUUGGAGCUUCUGCUGUACUUCACCACCCAUGAAGACGAGGAGGUCCAAAUCAAGGCCAUCAUAGGUUUAGGCUUCCAGUUCAUCAUGCACCCAGAGCUCAUGUUUGUGCAAGACGUGAAGGUUUUAUAUAACAGUAUCCUGUCGGAUGAGAGCAGCAUGGUCAGUUUGAAAAUCCAGGUGCUUAAAAACCUGCAGACGUACCUGCAGGAGGAGGACUCUCGAAUGCAAGAAGCUGACCGUGAAUGGAAGGAUAAAGCCAAGCAGGAGGAUCUGAAAGAAAUGGGGGACAUCUCAUCAGGCAUGAGCAGCUCCAUCAUGCAGAUUUACCUAAAGCAAGUGCUCGAGUCCUUCUUCCACUCACAGUCCACUGUUCGGCACUUUUCCCUGAGUGUCAUUGCGUUGACUCUCAACCAGGGCCUCAUCCACCCUGUACAGUGUGUUCCCUAUUUGAUUGCCAUGGGAACCGAUCCUGAGCCAACCAUGAAGAAUAAGGCAGACCAACAGCUGGUGGAGAUCGACAAGAAAUACUCAGGCUUCAUCCAUAUGAAGGCAGUUGCCGGGUUGAAGAUGUCCUAUCAGGUGCAACAGGCCAUAAAUGGAUCCAAAACUUGCGCGAUCCGAGGUUUUCGUCAGGAGGAUUCAGACUCAGCCCUCUGCUCUCACCUCUACACAAUGGUCCGGGGGAACCGGCAACAUAGACGGGCCUUCCUCAUAUCUCUGCUCAACCUGUUUGAUGACAGUUCUAAAAUAGAGGUGAACAUGCUGCUGUUCAUAGCAGACAAUUUGGCCUGCUUCCCUUACCAGACCCAGGAGGAGCCUCUCUUCAUCAUGCACCAUAUAGACAUUACCCUUUCUGUCUCUGGUAGCAACCUGCUCCAGACUUUCAAGGAGUGUUUACUCAAGGAGCCAGUGAGGCGGGAAAAGAAGGUGAAGACAAAAAAGAGGAAGAAGCACCAUUCUCGGAAAAAGAAAAGCAGCUCUGACGAUGACAACAGUGAUGAUGAGGAGAGCAGCAGCACAUCCAGCAGCAGCGAUGAGGACGAUGAGGCGGUCCGCAGGCGCAAGAAAACGGCUGACUCAGACUCGGACGUGGAAGACGAGGACGCGGUGAUGGACCGUCUGCCUGAAAACCCCACUCCGCUGCUGGAGUUCGCCAGUGCCUCGCAGGGUAUUCUGCUGCUGCUGGUGCUCAAACAGCACAUGAAAAAUCUAUACGGCUUCUCAGACAGUAAAAUCCAGAAGUAUUCACCUACAGAGUCUGCCAAAGUUUACGACAAGGCAGUGAACAGGAAAUCUAAGGUGCACUUCAACCCUGCUCUCACACUGGAUUACCUGAAGAGCGAACUAGCAAACGGAGAUCUCAGCUAUGAGACUAAAAGGAAUAUUGUUAAACAAUACCUAGAUGUUCUGAUGGAGCACUUGGAUCGUGACGAGGAAGAGGAAGACGGGGGCGAAGCAAAUGCCCAAGCCAGAAACAAAGCCAUUAGCUCCCUGUUGAAGGUCUCAAAACCCCGGAACCACAACCACAGCAACCACACUGCUCCAGUGGAGUCAGAUGAUGAGGAGAGUGAGGACGAAGAUCCACCUGCGCGAAAACCACGAAAAGGUGGGGAUUCUGCCGAGGAUUCGGGUCAAAUGAACGAGAACGUGGAAGUAAUGGAUGUCGUUGCCAUCUACUAUCCCAAAUACAAAGACAGGCCACAGAUUGCAAAGGUCGUCCAAAAGACCAGAAACGGCUACAGCAUACACUGGAUGACGGGAUCUUAUUCUGGACCGUGGGCUGUGGCAAAGAAGCGGGACGGUCGCAAAAAGGUGCCUUGGGUGGGCAAUAUCAAGGAGUCAGACAUUAUUUACAAGAAAAUCUCCUUGACCAGUGGACAAAAGCUCACAAACAAAGUUGCACAGACGUUACGGGCACUGUACGCCGCCAAGGAGGGGGCUAAGAGUUAACAACUAAAGGGACUCAACCAGCCCUCACAGCCCAAAUCUAUGGAUCUGCUAGGUUAAAUACAGAGAGAGAGAGUACAUUUCUUUAGAUUUAAAGCCCUGCUGGAGGAAAAGUAUUGUGAACACUUCCCUUUUUUAAUACAGACGUGUAAGUUAAACAGAAGGAAAACAGAAGGAAAUGUUUAGGAAAACAUUGUAUGGGAGUUCCUUCGCUGUUGUGCAGCAACUUGGUUGUUUGAUUUUUACUGUAUCAUAAUUUAACAAAAAACCUGUUUAUAUCUGAACAUAAUUCUGUAAAAAAAAAAAAAAGUGAAUGUUGGAAAUUAGUGUAUUGAUGAUGUUCUUAAUAAAGUGUUUUUGGAAUUAUAACUAGCACCAGAUGGAUUUCUUCACCUCAUUUGAGCUCCGACAGCUUUUAACUUCUUGUUUCUAACAUUUUGCUGUAUACCCCAACUGUACAAUAGAUUAUCUUUGAUAUAAUUUAUUUAUGUUGAAAGCAGUGCAGUAUCUGUGCCUGUAAUGUUUUUAAUAUAGAUUUUGAUGUUACACAGCACAGGACAACAGUAAAGUUAUCCAGCUCUUCUGGUGGAAGUAUUGCAAUAAAUUUUUCUUAUGUCUUU